AUGGCCGACAACCGUCUCUACACAUUCUCGCCAGAGACAAGAGAGGAGCUGAGAAAGUUCCGUCUUGGAACUUCUCGAGCAAAGGACCCUCAAGCUAGAAUAUACAUCAUCGACGUCAAAACCAAAGAAAUCCGCGCAGACAGCAACGACACAUACUCAAAACUAGAAGAUAUCGCCGACGAACUCCCGGACUCCUCGCCACGAUUCGUACUCUUGAGUUAUCCUUAUACAUUGGCAUCUGGGCGUCUCUCCGUCCCUUACGUUCUUCUCUACUAUCUCCCCGAGAACUGUAACCCUUCUUCUCGGAUGAUGUAUGCUGGUGCCGUGGAACUGUUCCGAAACACUGCUGAGGUGCAGCGUGUCAUCGAGGUGGAGAAUGAAGGGGAUGUGCUUGAUAUCGAGAAGAAAUUGAAUGCGUGCCUGGAAGGAGAUGAUAACACCUGCGCCUAUCAAAAGAUCUCUGGAUACUACACUCCCGGUACAUUUCAACAAUACGUCGUGACCUCAGCUAAAUACGCCACUCCAAUCCCUGACGAGGUCCAGUCAGCUGAGGCUGCACCAAUAUUAUGCGCAGGGCUUACUGUGUACUCUGCGCUUUUGAAGUCGAAUACUUCGCCCGGGAACUGGAUUGUGAUCAGUGGUGCUGGAGGAGGACUCGGUCACCUAGCAGUACAGUAUGCAUCUCGCGUCAUGGGACUUCGAGUAAUCGCUAUAGAUCAUGGUUCAAAGAAAGACCUAGCCGAAAGUUGCGGCGCUGAAAUCUUCUUUGACUUCACCAAAUAUGCCGAUGCAGAACUCGCAGCGGCUGUGAAGCAGGGCGCCAACAACGGACGUGGUGCUCAUGCUGUUCUAGUAGUAAACGCAGCCAAUAAGGCUUACGAAUCGGCUUUACUUUUCCUCAAGCCUAUGGGAACUUUGGUGUGCGUGGGAAUGCCUGAAGGACAGCCUAUUCCCAUCCAGAGCGCAUAUCCUGCUAGAAUUACAAAUCAGCAGUUCCGAAUUGUCGGUCAGUAUGGCUCAAUUCUACCGAUUCCGAGCGAGUGGAUUCACUGA